AUUGAACAAAGAGCCCCAAAACAACAACCAGAAAAUUAUAGUUUUAAAACUGAUGUGCUGCUGUCUGUUUUUUUUCUUUUUCUUCUGACGUUACAUUGCACUACUCUUCCAUCUCUCUCUCUCCAAUGAUCUUAUCUCUAUUUCUUUCAUGUUAUGUUAGUACUUAUUAUUAUCUCUCUUUCUUCUUCACCAUUUUUAGGAAAAACUAAGAAUACCCUCAAAGCAGACAAUUCUGUCAUGUCACUUCUCAUUCUCUGCUGAGCCUGCUGCAACUUUCUUGAAAUUAUUAAAAGGGUUCUUCCAAAAAUUUGAAUUUUGCUAGAGUUCAAGAAGCUUUGGAGUUCUUCUGAUUGUUUCCCAAAGUGAAACUCCAUAGUACAUAUGCAGGUGAAUAAAGGAACAACCACCAUCCAUUGAUUGAUUAAACAGUCCCUGUUGUUUACUAAAGUCUAAAUCCGUAGCCGUCUUUUCACCAAGCAACAUGAAGCCUCCAAAUUUCAAUCUUGAAUCAGAAGACGAAUCCGAGGUCAGCAACUGCCAAGUCGGUCCCGGUCCCGGUCCCUCCCUUAAUCUUCAGCAGGAUCCAAUGCCCGUUACUCUUGACUUGACUCUUGGCUUCAACAGCAGUGAUCCCGAUUUGAAAGACAAUGGUGAGGCGAGUGACGAAGUAGUACCCCAUCCUCCAACGGCAGCACUAUCCAGGAUUUUUUCGUGCAAUUUCUGCAGGCGUAAGUUUUACAGUUCGCAGGCAUUAGGCGGACACCAAAACGCACAUAAACGGGAGCGGACUUUAGCAAAAAGGGCAAUGCGGAUGGGAAUGUUAUCCGACAGGUACGCCAGCUUAGCGUCGUUGCCACUUCACGGGGCAGCAUUUCGAUCUCUUGGAGUUGAAGCUCACGCUUCGGCACACCAACGGGUCCCACACCAAGAAACGAAUAUUCAUGCAAUUAGAAGCGGAGCGAGAUUUGAACAAGGCUAUUUCGGGAUGCCAGUAUUCGUGGAGGAUGAUGAAGCGGAGAUGUUUUGGCCCGGUAGUUUCAGGCAAAUAGAGGGAAUUGGUGGUGGCAAUGUGAGGUAUAAUUCAGGGCAAAGUUCAAACAUAAAUUUUGUCGCUGUAACUCCUCAAACUAGGACAGAUCCAACAUUGCCUGAUCUUAAUUUGAAACUCUAGUGGUCUUUUUUCUUUGCAUUCUAUUCUACUUUUUUGUAUCUGAAUUUUCAUAAUUAUGGUAUUACAUUAGUGCUCUAUUAUUUGUACAGGAGAUGAAUGAUUGAGACUGUCUUGAGCUUUCAAUAUUACCCCACUCUGAAUCUUAUCUAUCCCAAAUUUUGUAUAUUAUUACAAAAUUCAGAUU